GUACCCCUGUGACCUUUGGAACACUGCCUGCCACGACUGCGUCAAAGUUUUCGAUCUCUGGUUUUCUGAAGUGUUUUUCAACGCCUUGAAGAUGUCUUCGGUUCCAGGGAUCCCCGCCAAGAUGAAAGGAGUGGUCUGCUACGCUCCAGGUGACUACCGCAUGGAGGCGCUUGACGUGCCGACCGUUGGACCGGAGGAGGUUCUGGUGAAGGUGACUGCCGUUGGAAUCUGUGCAGGGGAUGCCAAGUGCUUCGCUGGGGCUCCGCUGUUCUGGGGUGACAAGGACCGAGAGCCGUACUGCCAGCCGCCCAUCGUACCCGGGCACGAGUUUAUUGGGGAGGUGGUCGCACUGGGACCAGGAGCUGCAGAGAAGUUUUCCCUGGAGCUGGGAGAUCAGGCCAUCGCUGAGAGCAUCGUGCCAUGCUGGAAGUGCCGAUACUGUCUGAGGGGGCAAUAUCACAUGUGCAUGCCGCAUGACAUCUUCGGCUUUCACCAGCGAACUCCAGGAGCCAUGGCAGGGUACAUGAAGUACAUAUCCGACAGUAUCAUCCACAAGGUGCCAAAAUCUGUCCCUCCUCACCACGCGGCUUUCAUCGAGCCGCUGGCCUGUUCCAUUCACGCUGUGGAGAGGGGGGAGAUCCAGUUCCGGGACGUGGUGGUGGUGUCGGGCUGCGGCCCCCUCGGCCUGGGAAUGGUAGCAGCCGCCAAACAGAAAAACCCGGCGAAACUGAUCGCUCUGGAUCUGUAUGACUGGAAGUUGGAUGUUGCGAAGAAGUGCGGCGCCGACGUCGUGUUAAACCCAGGAAACUGUGAUGUCAUCGCGGAGGUGAAGAAGCUGACAGACGGAUACGGAUGUGACGUUUACAUCGAGGCAACCGGCAGCCCUGUCUCCGUUAAACAGGGGCUGCACAUGAUUGCCAAGCUGGGCACGUUUGUGGAGUUCAGCGUGUUCAAGAACGAGACGUCCGUCGACUGGACCAUCAUCGGAGACACCAAACAACUGAACAUUCACGGCUGCCAUUUGGGUUACAACACCUACCCCAAAGCAAUCUCCAUGAUCGCCAAGAAGGAACUCCCUAUAGAGGACAUCAUCACCCAGCAGCUGCCUCUGUCUGACGUGGUGAAGGGCAUUGACCUUGUCAACAGCAGUAGCCAGUCCAUCAAGGUCGUGCUCAUCCCGGAAUGAUGCUGCACACAAUCUGUAGUGUCAGCAAAACUCGUGCUGAUCCCAGAUUGGAGAUACAUGUACACAUAAUUUGGAGCAUCAUCAAAAGUUGUGCUCAUCCUGGAAUGAUGCUGCACACAAUCUGCAGCAUCAUCAGAAAUCGUGCUGUUCUCAGAAUAUAGCUGCACAUAAUCUGUAGUAUCAUCAAAAGUCGUGCUCAUUACAGAAUGGUAUUGCAUGAACACAUAAUCUGCAGCAUCAUCAAAACUUGUGCUCGAUCUUGCUGAUCCCGGAAUGGACGUCACAUAAUCUGUAGCGUCAUCAAAAGUUGUCCUGAUCCCAGGAUGACACUGCAAAUAAUCUGUGGCGUCAUCAAAACUUGUGCUCAUUCCAGAAUGGAGAUACAUGUGCACAUAAUUUGUAGCAUCAUCAAAAGUUGUGCUCAUCCCAAAAUGAUGCUGCACACAAUCUGUAACGUGAUCAAAAGUUGUGCUCUAAUCAGAAUGGAAGGUGCACAUAAUCUGUAGCAUCAUAAAAUUCCGUGAACAUCUCAGGACUGUAUGUGCCCACAAUCUGCAGUGUCAUCAAAAGUUGUGCUCAUUACAGAGUGGUGUUGUACAUAAUCUGCAGCAUCAUCAAAGAAACAGAAUGAUGCAAUUUUGACGAAAUGUCUCAUAAAGAGAAUGCCCUUCAGCACCAGGGACAG